AGUUAAGACCUUCAUGGCGGACCAGGACUCAUGGGUCAGGGAGCAGGUGAAGCUGAACAAGAGCUCCAGUCCUCUGUGGAAACAUGUCGGCUUCAUCGUGGCCCAGAUGGACGGGCUGCAGGCAGGAGUGGCAGAGUGGGCCAAGAGGCAAGGGAGGAAG